AUGAGCUCUGUCCCAGCUUGGAAAAGAGCCGGUCUUAGUGUUCAACAAACAAAACCAGAAGAAGAAGAAGAGAAUGAUUUACUAGAAACAAGAAGAAUCGAUACUGCUGAUUUAACCAAAAACCAAUUGAAAAAGGUUAGCAACAAACGUAAACUACAAGAAGCUCUUGGAUCAUCUACCACCAAGAACGAUGACGGUGCUAAUAAAAAACCACCCAAGAGAAUAAAGUUACCCAAGAAUGAAAGGAAGCCACCACCAGUCAAGGAUCAAUUAACUUAUUUAAAACAAUUUGUCCAUGAUAAACCCAAUUGGAAAUUUAAUAAACUGAAACAAAAUUGGAUUUUGAAAAAUUUGAAACAUAUACCGAAUGAUUACGAACUGGAGUUGAUAUCGUACUUGGCUACUUUACAAGGUGGAUCACGAGAUCGAUUAGUUGAUGAAUUGAAACAAGUGAUUGCAAAAUGGAAUGUGAAGUAUGAAGAAAUGGAGAAAAAGAUUGAGGAAAAGUUACUUCAUGGAGGUAAUGAAGGGAAGCAACAGGAGGAAGAAAAGGAACUGAAGGAACUGAAUGAACUGAAGAACAUAGAUCAAGAGAGUGAGAAAGGGGAGAGCUCGGAUGGCUUGAAUUUGGAAUAUGUGGUUAGGUGCAAAGCCAUACUAGAUUCAUUAGUUGAUGAAAUAAUAGAAGUCAAGGGUCAUGAAAAUGAUACCAGCAAGCCAAACGAUAAACAAGAUGCGCCAGGGGUGGGCUCCAUAGAAAAGGAGGAAGCUGAGCAGUCGGGGAAUGAGUCCGAGGAGAAAGGUGGAAUAGAUGUCAAUCAAAAUACGGAUCAGGUGGCUAUAGAGAAGGCUAUAGAGAAGAGGGAAAAGAAGGAGAAGAAGGAAAAGAAGGAAAAGAAGGAAAAGAAGGAAAAGAAGGAAAAGAAACACAAGAAAGACAAGAAAGACAAAAAGCAUAGAAAGGAAAAAGCCAAGUCCCUAUCUGAAUCUGAAUCUCCAAGUGGGUCGAGUGAGACUUCCAACUUGAUCAUAAAUGAGGUUGAAGUAUCAUAA